AUGGGAAAAGUUACAAUUGUAUACGAACGCGAUGAAAAGUCAUCCGGUACAAUUUCUCGACCAAAUGUGAGCAGUUUGGACACCGGUCGGGUAGUGAAUACGAGUCGUACUGGAGCUGCCGAUGACUACCUCAAGAUACUGGAGCCGAAAAAGGGGGCCGGCCGAAUGGAGUUCAACCCAAAUCUACCAAAAACCCUAACGCCCAAGGGUUACGCCAAGUUGAAGCUGAUGCUGAGUGUUGCCAGUAAACAAUACCAAACACUGGUUCGUCGCCUAAAACGAGAUGGUACCUUGUGGGAAGAUCCGGAUUUCCCGGCCACGGAAGCUUCCAUCAACAUUCCCGAAAUGAAGGGUAAAUUGGAAUGGAAACGACCAAAGGAAAUCAAUCCGAAAGCCGAUUUCUUUGUUGGCGGAGCUAGCCGAUUUGACAUUGAACAAGGCUCAGUCGGUGAUUGUUGGCUCCUAGCCGUGGUCUCCACAAUUUCCAGUUAUCCGCCCCUCUUCAAUCAAGUGGUUCCAACUGACCAAAGUAUCCAAAGUGCAGACUAUUGUGGUGUGUUCCGUUUCCGAUUCUGGCGUUUUGGUCAGUGGAUUGAAGUGCUCGUGGAUGAUCGAUUACCGGUGUAUCGUGGCACCAAACGGUUGGCGUUCAUGCACUCUUCUGAUGAUAACGAGUUUUGGUCAGCUUUGAUGGAAAAAGCCUAUGCGAAACUGUGCGGAUGUUACUAUCACUUGUCCGGAGGCACACAAAGUGAGGCCAUGGAAGAUCUUACCGGUGGUAUUUGUGAAACACUCAUGCUUACACAGAAAGAGCGACCAAAAGAUUUGUUGCAGCAACUGUCUCUGUAUAGCAAUCGAUGUUGUUUGAUGGGUUGCUCGGUUGAUGUACACCUGGUUCGCUGCCGAAAUCCAUGGGGUGGAAACUACGAAUGGAAGGGUGCGUGGUGUGAUAAGGCUCGUGAGUGGCAAACCAUCAGUGCGGCAGAGAAAAAGGCAUUAGACGUGAAUUUCAAUGACGACGGAGAAUUUUGGAUGUCAUACGAAGACUUCACCAGUUGCUUCACACGUUUGGAAGUUUGUCACCUCGGUUUGGAAAGUUUGGAAAGUAAUCAGGAGCUCCGUGGAAAACGUCGUUUGGAGGAAACCAUUUUUGCCGGCGAAUGGCAGCGAAAUGUCAAUGCUGGUACUUUUUGGACAAAUAGUCAGUUCCGUUUCAAUGUGACCGACCCCGAUCCCGACGAUAAUGAUGACAUGACUACUGUCAUAAUUGGUUUAAUGCAGAAAGAUGUACGCAAGCAACGAGGUGCGGACUUUUUGACCAUUGGAUUCAUGCUGUACGAAGCGAAUUUAAUGAUAACUGUGGAUGCAUCUCUAAUCUCGUCAGUUAGUCGUUCACCGACGAAUACGUAA